ACUAUGAGACCCUUGUGGCAGGGGCCGCUGUAUUCAUCUUUGUCUCCUCAGCAUCUGGCAAAAUGUCUGACAUAUGGCAGGACCAGCUGUUCGGGAGCAUCCCGGACUGGAGCCAGGCACAUUUGAGACUUGGAUCUGACGAGAGACUGCCGCAGAUUCUUCUGCAGCAAUGUCGGUGUUAGAAGAAAGCCGGCCGUUUGCUCAACAGUUAUCCAAUGUCUACUUUACAAUCCUUUCUCUUUUCUGCUUUAAACUUUUUGUGAAAAUCAGCCUUGCCAUCCUCAGUCACUUCUACAUUGUGAAAGGCAACCGCAAGGAAGCGGCAAGGAUAGCAGCUGAAUUUUAUGGAGUAACCCAAGGACAAGGUUCCUGGGCAGAUCGAUCACCCCUACAUGAAGCGGCAAGUCAAGGGCGUCUUCUUGCUCUAAGAACUUUAUUAUCACAGGGUUAUAACGUGAAUGCCGUAACCAUAGACCAUGUCACGCCGUUGCAUGAAGCCUGCCUCGGAGGUCACGUGGCCUGUGCCAGAUCUCUUCUGGAAGCAGGAGCUAAUGUGAAUGCCAUCACGAUAGAUGGUGUGACUCCCUUAUUCAACGCGUGCUCGCAAGGCAGCGCAAGCUGCACAGAACUUCUUUUGGAAUAUGGCGCCAAAGCCCAACUGGAGUCAUGUCUUCCAUCUCCCACACACGAGGCUGCCAGUAAAGGUCACCAUGAAUGCCUUGACAUCCUGAUAUCCUGGGGUGUAGAUGUGGACCAAGACAUUACUCAUUUGGGAACACCCCUCUAUGCAGCUUGUAUGUCACAGCAAUUCCAUUGCGUCUGGAAGCUUCUUUAUGCUGGUGCUGAUGUACAGAAAGGCAAAUAUUGGGACACUCCACUACAUGCUGCUGCUCAGCAAUCCAGUACAGAAAUACUAAACUUACUGCUGGAAUUCGGAGCAGACAUCAAUGCCAAAAACACAGAGCUUCUACGACCAAUAGAUGUUGCUACGUCUAGCAGUGCAGUGGAAAGAAUAUUGCUUCAACAUGAAGCUACCCCAAGCUCUCUGUGCCAACUUUGCCGACUGUGUAUCCGAAACUACAUCGGAAGACCAAGAUUGCACCUUAUCCCACAGCUCCAGCUGCCAACAUUACUGCAGAAUUUCUUACUGUAUCGAUAAAGUAGUAAAAUAAUUCUAAAUACCUAGAAAAUCAAAAACGUCUAUUUCAUUCGCUUAAUGAAAAUUUUGUAUUAAAAUAUGCUAAUGAUGGGGUAAAAGUGGUAUGCGAUCACCCAGUGAAGCAGUGAAGUAUCAAGUUUCAUUAUAAGUGUAUUAGUUAGGACUAUUGUUUUAUGCAUUUUUAUUGUUUUUGGAGCAUAGCAUACUUAUAAUAUCCAUAUAUUUGUAGCUAUUCCAAUAUAUCCUCUUGUUGAUUUAGGGGAAACAAAUAACGAAGUCUUCAUUUUACGAUUUUCUUUCUGAGUGGAAAACAUAGAAUUCUCACUAAAAUUAUGCAUAUGAUAUGGUAAAAGGCCUAUAUUCUUCAAAUAAUAGGUUCACUUUUUAAUUUUGGCUACUGUAAUUGGUUACCUCUGUUUCUGAUAAAUAAAAUAUGAUUAUGGUUUAGAAAAGAACAACUAAUAUGCUUUUUGAAAUCAAGAUGACUCUUAUUCAGGAAAUCCACUAUGUUGAAUGUGUGCUUAUCAUUAUAAAGACCAAUUCAUAAAGAUAAAUUGGCCCUUCCCCUGCAAAGAACACAUAAGUCACCUCUCCACAGUAAAUGGACCUAUAACAGAAACUGGUGAGACUAAAGGUCUCCCUCACCUGAAAUGUCUAGAACAUUGUACACCUGCUAAGGCUACCUUAAGACCCCCUUGUUCUCAAGAGUCGCCUCUGGAGGUUUUUUGUCCAUGCUUUUAUGUAUAUUCCUCUAGCCUUCUUCCAUUUCAGAAAUUGUCAAUAGCUAGUGAUAUCUGCUGAAGAAAAUGAACUUCAUAUCUGAUUGACAAUGAGGCCUGGGAACAUUUUUCAGUGAUCAUCAGAUCAGUCCAAGGCUAUAAAAAAUGGAAGAUAAAAUACUCCUUAAAUUGUGGAGUUUUU